AUGGCCGACCGUUUCCCUUCUCUCGAGGACUUCGACUCUGGAGCGCAAACCGAUAUCAAAGAUGUUUCCGACGAGCCCUCCGCCGAGGACUUCCUCGCCAGAGAAAAGGCUCUUUUAGGCGAUGAUGCGAACCAGUUCACGACAAGUGAUGACGCAAACGUAUUGGGUGAGACCGGCGGAGAUCUCUUGGGAGAGACCGCCGCCGCCGAAUCUUCUUUCGAAUCUCAAUUCCCAGACCUUGCCAACCCAGCCGCUGGCCUGGCGGGCGUGGAUGGAAACAUCAUGACCGGUCCAUCUGUGAGCUACAACUCAGGUUACCAAACAUAUGCGGCCGAUGAGGAGGAGCCAGAGGUCAUCAAGGAGUGGAGAGAGCGCCGAGACGCGCAGAUUGCGAAGCGGGCCGAGCAAUUCGCUGCCCAGCGAGAGGAGACGAUAAAGGAGGCUCAACAGAACAUCGAUGACUUCUAUGACAACUACAACUCCAAGAAAGAGAAAGGCAUUGCGCAGACACGCAAAGAGGCAGAGGAAUUUCUCGCGAACAGGGAGGAUACCGUUUCUGGUGGCACGAGCUGGGACCGCAUUGCAAAGCUGGUUGACAUCAGCGGAAAGGGGGCCACUGGCGGAGCCGCCGGAUCUGGCAAGGAGCGCUUCCGUGAAAUGCUCAUGAGUCUGCGCAAGGACGAAAAGGCACCAGGCGCAACUGGCUACUGA